CUUGAGCUGUACAGGAAAAAAAUCAGUGUGUCUAUACCUCUAAGAAGACUGUACCCAAGAAAAUUAAGUUUGUUAAUAAAUUUCUCUGUGGCAAAGUUUGUUUCAAAGAAUCGCCAUAAAGGCCACACAAUCAAAGUGAAACCUUAAAACUUAAACUAAAGGGCUCAUCAGCAGAGGCUCAUCAAAUGAAGCAUCUUGUCUUAAUGUGUCUCUUGCUCUACAGGGACACACACACAACUCAGAGUGAAAUAUUCAAUCAGAGUGUCACUGAGGGAAGCGAUGCCUUCCUUUACUGUAAACAAGACGAGAAAGCUUUUUGGAGUAAAGACAGAGAUGGACAAAGAUGGGAGAUUCUCAGUGUACAACAUGGAGAUAUAAAGAAAUACAUUGUGGAUCCACAUAACCGUUAUAGUGUAUUGAGUGAUUUAUCACUACACAUAAAGAGUGUUUCAUUCUCAGACUCUGGGAUUUACUACUGUAAUACAAUUCAAACUGUCAAGCUGAUAGUAACAGCAUUAGUGACCCCCAAUUCUAAACUCAGCGCAUUAAACAACAGUGUGAAUGAACCCAAGAGUACGCAGUCUAACACCCACCCACAAUUCACCUCAACACCAGGUUUCAGCACUCACCUCUCCACAGAGGUCAGAACAACCCCAAUUAAAAAGAUACCGUACAAUACAGAUUCCACUGGGAUUACCAAGGCAGUUUCCUGUGGAGCUGUGUUUGUGAUGCUGGUACUCUUAAUAUGUGCAUGUAUCAAAUGGAAAGCUGCCAUUUCUAACAAAAAGGAGAAGGUGAAUAUAUAUGAGACUGUAGAUGACAGUGACUGUACAGUACAACCUGGUCCUCCAUAUCUCACUGCAGUUCCCCCACAAAAGCAAAAUGACACCGUAUAUUACUUAGCUGGAGAUCCGAAUAUAGUAAAUCUUGGUCAAUGCAAGGAGAUUGCUGAUCACACAUAUACUUUGAUAUCAGAGUCAGAGUCAAAGGAGAAUCUUGCUGACCAAGGACAGGAUGAGCCCUUGUAUUCUACAAUCAAAUAAUUCUAACUGGAUAUUGGAACCAUCUAUGAAUUUUGAAAAAAUAAAAAUGCAAAAAGAGAGAGAAUAAGUUGAGGUUGAAUCUACUGAUAGAUAGAUUAUGAAAGUAUGAUAAGAAUACUGUACU